AUGGCGCAUGAGAUGAGUGGUGUUGUAGAUCCUGAGACUUUGUAUACAAAGCAGAAUUGCAUCGGCGGUGGUAGUUUUGGUAAAGUUUACAAAGGAGUUGACAAGCGCACCGGGCAGGCUGUAGCCAUAAAAGUUAUCGACGUUGAAAAUGCCGAAGAUGAAGUCGAAGAUAUUAUUCAAGAGAUCUCUAUUCUUUCCGAAUUACAUUCCCCGUUUGUUACGCAAUACUAUGGAUCAUAUCUUAGAGGUUCGGAUCUUUGGAUCGUUAUGGAAUUCUGCUCGGGUGGUAGUUGUGGUGACUUGAUGAAGCCGGGUCUGAUACAGGAGGAAUAUAUUUCGAUUAUCAUACGGGAACUUUUGCUAGGCUUGGAUUAUCUUCAUGGGGAUAAGAAGCUUCAUAGAGAUAUUAAAGCUGCAAAUGUUCUACUGGGCGCCAAUGGACAAGUUAAGCUCGCGGAUUUCGGUGUUUCGGGCCAAUUAUCUGCUACCAUGACCAAGAAGAAUACCUUUGUUGGAACCCCAUUCUGGAUGGCCCCGGAAGUCAUAAAACAAUCUGGUUAUGACCACAAGGCGGAUAUAUGGUCUCUGGGAAUUACAGCACUCGAACUCGCCAAUGGCGAACCUCCAUACUCUGAUAUCCAUCCAAUGAAAGUUUUGUUCCUCAUCCCUAAGAAUGCGCCCCCAAAAUUAGAAGGAAAUUUCACCAGGGCUUUCAAAGAUUUCGUCGAAUUGUGCCUUCAACGAGAUCCGAGAGAACGACCAUCGGCUAGAGAAUUGCUGAAACACGCCUUUGUUCGAAAAGCAAAGAAAACCUCAUAUUUGACGGAAUUGAUAGAGAGAUACGAACGUUGGGCAGUGCAUCACAAGGGUGACGAUGAUGACUCGGAUAAUGAACGAGAAGAAGCUCCCCGACCUAAACCGGUCGAUGAAGACUUGUGGGAUUUUGGUACGGUCCGACCAGUUGGCGGAAGAGUAAAUGGAAGGGUUGGGCUGAAUACUAUGGGAGAAUCUGAUACGAAUGCAAGAGCAUCGAGGUUAUCAGAGGAGAAUAAUUAUGCAGAGCGUCCGAGACAGCAAUCGCCCUCGAAAUUAAAAGAACCAGGAUAUGUGUCGAGUAUUGAAACUGUCAAAGCCACAAAUUGUCCAGUAGAUGCACAACCCAGGCAACCUUCUCCACAGAGACGGCCUGUUCCAAGUAUUCAGACUUCAAUGUCUCCUACCAAGGUUCCUCUUCCACCAUCACCAGAAAAAUUCAGACCUCCAGGAUUGGAGACACCUAGAACGGCUGCGAGCUACAUAAAUAGACAAGUUUCUGAUUCUCCUGAUUAUGAUCGUACUUUGCAAGAACAACUCCAAAAAGAUAUGGGAUUUCUAAAGCUCGGUGAGCCAUCUCCACCGCCAUUGCGAAUACCCCCUUCUACCGCCCAAAUACCAAUACAGUAUACGAAUCAAAAUACACCGCCUUCAGCAUUACCACGGCCAAAUACGCAACAAUCAUUACCAAAACUUGCCCCCAUCAAAUUGCCUGAAAUCCCUCCAUUCCGUGGCAGCGGUCAGCCUCAACCACUGCAGCAAAGACUUCCAAACCAAAUACCUACUGCAGAGCCUCGGAAACAGCAACAGCAACAGCCACUUCCAUUACCUCCUAACCCUACAGGCCUUCAAAAUAUCAAUCUACGCCAAACAGGUCAGCAGCCAUUACCUGCAUUACCAUCCAAAAAAUUACGCAAUACUCCUUCUCAAGAAAGUAUUUCAUCUCAAUCUUCUAGAGCUCCAUCAUCUAUGCCUUCACCUGCUCCUGCUAGCCCAACCGGAGAUCUUGAUGCCUUGAACGAUGUGAUCUUCCCUGCGCUUGAAGAAGCACUCAAACGACGUCAGUAUCGCUUACAACAUGCUUUCCGCACGACUGGAGCCACUCCAAAGCAACAAAGGGCACAAGCUGCUCAUGAGAAAUUACGAAAACUAGUUUAUAAGCUUGCACAUGUGUGCAAGGAAAUCGACCAUUGGGAUAAACAGGAACCAGUGGGGAUGGGGAAGGAUGUGGAUGUUUUCCUCGAGGGAUUGUUAGAGGAAAUUUUGGUCAGGGUCGAACCGGCUGAUGAGGAAGAUGUGGAUAUGAGACGAUGA